AUGCGUUUGCUGUGUGCUUUGGGUCUGUUUUUGGCCUUGCUGAAUCUGUCUACAUCUCUGCUGCUGGGAGCCUUCAACAUCAGGUCAUUUGGAGACAAGAAAGCCUCCAACACCACUCUGAUGAACAUCAUCAGCACGAUUGUUCAUCGCUAUGACAUCAUUCUGAUCCAGGAGGUCAGAGACAACGAUCUGUCAGCAACCAAAAAACUCAUGGAGCAUGUCAACAAAGGUUCUCCUGAGUUCAGGUACAGUCACAUCGUCAGUGAGCCUCUGGGUCGCGGCUCCUAUAAGGAGAGAUACCUCUUCCUCUACAGGGAGCAGAAGGUGUCCGUAGCUAAAAACUACACAUACGAUGACGGCUGUGAGUCCUGUGGGACAGACAUCCUGAACAGAGAGCCCUUCGUCGUCAUGUUCACCUCCAAACAAACAGCUGGGAGGAACUUUGUUCUGAUCCCCCAGCACACCUCUCCGGAGUCAGCUGUGAAGGAAGUGAAUGCUCUCUUUGAUGUGGUGACUGAUGUCCGCGCCCGCUGGGACACCAAUGACAUCGUGCUGCUGGGCGACUUCAACACAGGCUGCAAAUAUGUGUCGGGCUCCGACUGGGAGCAGAUCCGCCUCUUCACUGACAAGAGUUUCCACUGGCUGAUCACCGACCAGGACGACACUACAGCGACACACACCAACUGCCCUUAUGACAGGAUUGUGGUCACUGAUGACAUGAUGAAGGGAGUGGUGCCCGGCAGUGCUAAGGUGUACGACUACAUGGUGGAUAUGAAUCUCAGCCAGAGUCUGGUAUUGGCUGUCAGCGACCAUUUCCCUGUGGAGGUGAAGCUGAUUUGACAGGCUUCUCAGCAACCAUGUAACAUUGAAUUUACAGGACCAAAAUAAACAAACUACAAACAAAUGA